GUCGGACAGGUGAGUCCCUGCAGGUGUGCAGCUAAUAAAAGGCAGUGAUUCCUCUCAGGUAAAGAAUCAGACAGCUCUUAAUAACCAUGUUUCACCUUCUGCUGCUGGCCGGUGUGGUGCUGGGAGGAUACAUCUUCCUCACACAGACUCUCUUCAAAAGGUCCAAAUGUAAAGGAAACGCAGCGAUGGCCGGCAAGACCGUCAUCAUCACAGGAGGAAACACCGGCAUCGGGAAAGCCACGGCGCUGCACCUGGCCAGGAAGGGAGCCAGAGUGAUCCUGGCCUGCCGAAACCGGGACAAGGCCGAGACUGCCAUCGCAGAUAUAACAAAGCAAACAGGAAGUACUGACGUCCUCUACAUGCAGCUGGACCUGGCCAGUCUGAAGUCUGUUCGCUGCUUCGCCGAAACAUUCCUGAAAAAUGAGUCCAGUUUGGAUCUGCUCAUCAACAACGCAGGUCUGGUGGCUGACGGGCGGACAGAAGACGGUUUCGGCAUCGAGUUCGGGGUGAACCACCUGGGUCACUUUCUGUUGACGUACCUGCUGCUGGACCGUCUGAAGGAGGGCGGGGGAGGACGAGUGGUCACUCUGUCCUCCAUGGCUCACCGCUGGGGACACAUCGACCUGGAGGCUCUGGCAGCGACCAGACACCUGGGCACCGGCAGGUACAGCUGGCAGUUCUUCCAGGCGUACUGCAACAGUAAGCUGUGUAACGUGCUCUUCACCCAUGAGCUCGCCAAGAGACUGAAAGGAAGCAAGGUCACCUGCUACAGCGUCCAUCCAGGUAACCAAACAAACCCCUGCAAAUUACCUGAAGAACAGGCCAAAUACCUGUCUGAGGGAAAUGUAGUCGCUGUCUGAAUUACUUUUACAGGA